CUGGCCAAGUGCAAGUCGUUAUCGAUACGGCGACGGUGACAACUGCGACGACGGUGACCAUCGAAGAGUUGUACACUGACCGACGUCAAUUAUAAUUAAUAUCAUAAAUCACAGAAUUUAUAUCUAUCUCGUCACUGACACGCAGAACUCGCUCUAAACCGUACCGAGGGUAGUAUAAGUGUAGUCAUAUUCAACUCCGGUCAAAAUUCACCAAACGCCAGCAAAAAUGGCCACGAAAACCUUACUGUUACCCACGCCCGAAAAGUUGAAGGAGAUUUACCAAGACUUGGGCAUGACAGAAGAAAAGCUCGACGCGGACGUGAAGACCAUUGCAGAAUGGAUGCGUAAACAGCCCCACCUUCCCAACCCUGAUGGUGAUGAACGAAGAAUUCGUAUGUUUUUAAUUCUUUGUAAAAACAGUAUGGAAAGAACCAAAGAGUCUUUAGAUCAAUAUUACACAUUAAAGUCAAUGGUUCCAGAAUUCUUUGGUGACAGGGAUCCUACUUCACCACCACUUUUGCGUUCAAUGAAAACAUCGCUUUUCAUUCCUUUACCAAAAUUAACACCAGAAGGCUACAGGGUUUCUCUAAGUCGUAUCAGAUGCCCAGAAAUAGAUGAUUUUGAAUUCGCAGACUACGUCAAGGUCAACUUUAUGUCUAUCGAUAUCAGGUUGUCCAAAUUGGAUAUGUACAAAAAGGAAAUUUUCGUCUUUGACUUGAAAGACAUCACCAUGGCUCAUCUGACCACUAUGUUACCGCAUAUGAAGAAGUUCGUUUACUGCGCUACAACAGCCUAUCCAUUGCGAAUUCAAGAAAUUCACAUUGUCAACAUGCCAAGCUACGCUCAAACAAUGGUCAACAUGGUGCUGGGUGUUUUGAAAAAGAAAAUCGCCAACAGGAUUAAAAUUCACAGCAACCUCGAAGACCUGAAGAAGCAUCUCACACCAGACAUCCUGCCUYUGGACUAUGGUGGUACUUUCCCGAAAACUAGCGAAGAAUUAAUCGUUGAUUGGCAAGAAGAAUUGAUGAAACACAAGGAUUGGUACCUGUCUCAAAAUUCGGUCAAUUGUGAUGAGAACAAAAGGUCAAAGAAACCUUGCGUUAAGGUGAACAUGCUGGCUGGAGUUGAAGGCUCGUUUAGAAAACUUGAAGUCGACUAAUAUUUUUGUGAUUAAUUUUUAGAAAUAUAUUUUUUUUUUUACUUGUGAA